AUGGUAGCCACCUGCCUCACUUUCUUUGGAUUGGGCUCCCAGAUAAGGACCCCCAAAGAUGACCUCAGGGUUCAGGUAGGUGGUGUGAUCCUGUAUGUGGGCUCGACGGCAGGUUCCAGCCCCACCCCAGAUAGCCCUCCUGGGGGAUACCUGGUGCCUUCUCCCCAACACUCGCUGCCCUCCUCCUUGGAAGAGCUCACUCUCACUGAGAUUGGGGCCAUCAAGCCACAACGGGCCAGCUCCCCCUCCUCACCCAAGGUAGCGUUCCAGUUUCCAGAGGGGAUCCGCUACCCCAGCAAGAGCCAGUCACCCCCGACGCAGAGUAGAGUCCCUGCUGCCAAGCAGAAUGGAGCCACCGGCACCUUCACUAAGACAGGUGGAAUGGUUCUGCUCUGCAAGGUUUGUGGUGACAUUGCCUCAGGCUUCCACUAUGGCGUCCAUGCUUGUGAAGGCUGUAAGGGGUUCUUUCGCCGGAGCAUACAACAGAACAUCAACUAUAAAAUGUGUGUGAAGAAUGAAAACUGCAUGAUCAUGCGGAUGAACCGUAACCGCUGCCAGCACUGCCGCUUCAAGAAGUGCCUGGCAGUGGGCAUGUCAAGAGAUGCUGUGCGUUUUGGGCGCAUUCCUAAGCGGGAGAAACAGCGCCUGCUGGACGAGAUGCAGAGCUACAUGAACAGCCUGAAUGAGGCCCCCAUGGACGUUGGCCUGAGUCCUGAGGCAGAUGCCCCUCCCAGCCCCAACGCCCAGGAGGAGGAGGCCAUCAGUGCCAUUUCAAGGGCUUAUCAUGACAUCUUUGUGAAUGGGCAGGACCAGCUGGGCAAGCGAGGGGGAUCCCCGGGGAGCGAGGCCUGUCCCUUGGCCAACUACAAUGACCAGCAGCUCAACCCCUCCUAUGGCUACGGGCAGUAUGAGUCUGCCACCCUGCGCCUGUCCAGCUACAGCCCUCCGGAACCCGUCGGUUACAUGGACAACAGCCCCCGGUGCUUUGGCAAUGACAUCUUCCAGGCUCAGCAGGCCGGCUACCUGCACAAUGCUGGACGCUACCCAGCCUUUGAGUAUGGCUAUUCAGAGACAAACCCACAGAGAGGCUGCCCCUGGCGGGGAGCAACCAGCCGAGGCAUUGCCUGUCCUCUGAAUGCCACCCCCUACUGUAGCAACGGCAAGAGCAGCCAGCAAGUGUGGGAGGAAUUUUCACAGUGCUUCACACCAGCUGUCAAGGAGGUGGUGGAGUUUGCCAAGAGCAUCCCGGGCUUCCAGUCACUCUGCCAGCAGGAUCAAGUGAUGCUGCUGAAAGCAGGCACUUUCCAGGUGCUGAUGGUGCGCUUCUCUUCCCUGUUCAGCCCUAAGGAGAAAGUGGUGACCUUCCUGAGCGGGGAGUCAUACUCACUCUGCAGCCUGCGCACCAUGGGCAUGGGCUCCCUGCUGGAUGCCAUGUUUGAGUUCAGCGAGAAACUUAGCUCCCUGGGCCUGGAUGCACAGGAAAUGGCACUGUUCAUGGCCGUGGUCCUUGUCUCAGCAGAUCGCUCUGGCAUCUCUGAUGUGGAUGCAGUUGAAAUCCUUCAGGAGACAUUGAUUCGGGCCUUGCGGACUCUGGUGACUAAGAAGCACCCAGAUGAUUCCACACUUUUCCCCAAGCUGCUCCUCCGUCUCCCUGACUUGAGAACCCUCAACAACCAGCAUUCAGAGAAACUCCUUGCUUUCCGGAUCAACCCUUAAGUCCACUGGAUCAGCUUCUUAAACCCUACGUUUGGAGAAGAAGAAUCGAGAAUCAACCAUCAAGCAAACUUAAUGCAUCAGGACUAGACUUUGCUCUUUGGAAGAAGAUGGCGUUGAUGAAAGAAGAGGGGCAGGAGGGAUGCGGCAAGGGCAGGGAGCACAUGGCCCAUCGCAGCUGGGAUCUGCUGGAGCAGAUCCCUCCCCCGUGAGGAGAUCAGAUACAGGAGGAAAGGAUACGUUUCCCAGGUAGCGCUCUUCAUGGCGCUGUGCGAAUUGAAGAUCAUUUAUUUGCUAGAGCAGAUCAGGCAAAUGAACUGGACACACCUUGUACCGUGUCAUUUCUAAAUGUGUAAAUAUGUAUGUAUAUAUCUUUCCAUAUGAUAUUGUCUUGAGGUUCUGUACUGUAUAUAAAUACA